AUGAAGACUGUUCUUCGAUGCAACUCUCUUCCUUUCGGCAUCAUCUGUGCAAGGCGCCUACCUCAGACGCCAUUGCCAUUGCCAUUGCAUUCGAGAACCUCGAUUCUCCCUUUGUUCUGCACCAAUUCUUCAACCAUAGCUGUAACCCUAGACAGGGACCUCGCUUACGGACCUUCUCUUCGUAAGGGCAAAAGACCAUAUCUAGAAGAACAAGGACAACAACAACACCAGCUCCCUCACUUUCCCGUAAGAAUCCCUAAUGAGGAGGGAAAGGAGGAAGAAGAAGAAGGGAGUCUAAUCGAUAAGGAGAGCUUCUCUCGUGUCUUCGACGUAGCUGCUAUUAGGGUCCCUUCAGAGGACUGUUUUGCCCUUGAAAACCGUUUAAGAGGCCAUCUCUUGAACUGGCCUCGAGUUCGGAACAUCGCUAGGGUUCCUGGGGACGAAAUGGACGAUGAAUUUAGGAAGAUUUUGGGAGAGCAGUGCUGCAAUGGAGACGGUGACGACGAAGAAGUAAGGUUAGUUGAUUUGGACCGGCGUAUAUAUGGGAAAGCUGAUGGUGAUGGCGAGAGUCUGAGCCCAAUUUUGUAUAGGGACAUGCUGGCAAAGACGUUCAAUUCCCGUGGUUUUGUGAAAUUCCGGAACCUUGCUAAGAUUUCGAGACCGAAAAGGAAGAACAGGAGAAAGGAGGGUGAGGGAAUUCAAGGGAAGAAGAGAAUUGGGAAGAAUGAUUUUGUCGUGGUCGAGGUUGUUGAAGACAAUGACGAAGAAGACGAUAUGAGCGGCCUUCUAGGCGAUGACUUUAAAAGGGGAAGAUGGAGAGGUUCCACGAGGUUGCUGCUUCUGGACGAGCAAUAUGCUAACAAAGGAGUCGAAGACCUCCCCGAGGCUGUCAAG